GUUCACAAUAAAAUUGAAAUUAUAAUCAGCUGACAAUUUGAUUGUUACCCUUUGAAAAGAAUAAUUCCACAAAGGACAAUUUUGUUUUAUUCAUUAAAACACAUGGAAGAAAAUAAGAUGGAGAGAAGUAAAGAAGAAGAAGACCUCAGCCUGUCUUUCGAAUUAACCAAAAAGUUCUGGGAGAAAGUGGAAGAAAGUGCGAAACAAGAAGAAGCAGGCAUCAUAAGAAAACAAAUAAGAAUGAAGUCCUCAACACCUGGUGCAGGUCUACCAGUGAGAUCUAGAAAUAGUGACGGUGCUUCCGUGUCAACAACAUCAAUGAUUGAUGAGAUAACGCAAACAACAGAAGAAAAUACAACCUUAGAGCCAGAAGGCUGUGAAGAUGAGGCAGAUCAUGAACCAAGAUGCGGUGGCCCUUAUACCACCUUAUGCGAAGAUUGCAUCGAUUUUAUGAUAGAGUGUUUUGAAUGUUCUCUUAAUUAA